AACAUGAUUAACUUUCUAACAGAAAGCAGUGUAAGAAAUUAUAGUAAACAAUAUAAAGUAUUACAUACUUUGAUUUUAUAAUUAAAAUGGAAGGUGACAGUAAAGUUGUUGAAUCAAAACCCCAUCUUGGAAUCCCAGAAGCUGUCUUCGUUGAAGAUGUUGCAAAAUAUUUGAAAGAACAAGGCUCCUGUACCUGUGAAGAAGCACUCAAAAAGUUGGAGGAAAAUUAUCAGAAAUAUAAACUCAUGGAAGUAAAUCUGCUGCAGAAAAAGCAGAGACUGAAGCAGCAAAUCCCGGAUUUGAAGUCCUCCCUGGAUAUUGUUAAGCACAUGAAGAGUAUAGAAGGCACAGACACCACAAUGACGACAAACUUUUUUCUUUCAGGUGCUCUCCACGCUAAAGCAAAGAUUCCCCCCACUAAAGAAGUUUGCUUAUGGCUUGGUGCAAAUGUCAUGCUCUCGUACAGCAUAGAGGAGGCACUCGGGGUUUUGAAUAAGAAUUACACUACUGCUAUUUCUCAUUUAGAUUCCGUCAACAAAGAUUUAGAAUACCUGAGAGACCAGUUUACCACUACUGAAGUCAUGUUAGCCCGCUUGUACAACUGGAAUGUUAAACAAAGAAGAGCUGCUAAAGCCACCACUAAUGGCUCAGACUCAAAAUAAGAUAUUAAAAUUUGUGUUUUGUGUUUGCUGUAGUUAUUUUACGUUGAAAAAAACCUGCAAAGUGGGCGUAAUUGUCCCAUAUAAAUUGACCAUAGCUGUUUUAUAACAGUGGUUCACAUGAACAACACAUAGAGUGUCGCUGAAAAUGUUCCAUAAAAUAUUAAGUUCUCUCUAACUUUUGAAGCAUGUAUGCAUGUUUUUGCAAGUUCUAAGAAAAAUGGCGUAAUAUUGGUUUAAAACAAUCCUGUUGCAUGUGUUUCAGUUUUGUUUUGAUAUUAUACGUUCAUGCAGUAAGGUAUUGAACUAACAUAAUUACUUAAUAUAUAAGGUAUUAGAUAAAAUUGUAACUGUUUGGAUUUGUAUUUAG